AUGCCUCCAGGACUAGGAAAGGCAAUAGGCGACCCAGCCAACGAUGACUACGUCGCGCAAGUACUGGCAGAUGAGGCUCGGAAUAGCUCUCUAAAGUACCCUUCUCUCGGUACGCAGGCUUAUAUGACUAGGAGGCCUACAGGCUCCGCGCCGAAACCGAAUACGCGAUUCCUUCGUCACAUAAUCAAGGAGACAGACAAUCACAACACAGCGCUGAAAAGGAAGGAAGAACGGGAAGCUAGGGAGCGCAUGCGACAGCUCCGAGCGCAGGCUCCUACUAGUGAGCGCCAUCGGCACCAUACCCACGGAUCUGACGACCGGGAUUCACAGCGAGAUACGAGACAAGAUGAUCGACAUAGACACCGGUCUCACCGGGAGAGACGGCGGAGCCGGUCAAUAUCUUCGGAUAGGGACCAAGCACGUUCAUCUAGGCGGAGACAUGAAACCCGCGAACGGGAUGGUGACCGAGACAGACGAUCCCGAAAAAGUCACAGGCACCGGUCUUACACACGGUCACGGAGUCGCUCUCCACAUGGGCGGGAUUCGAAAUAUCGAAAUCCCGACCGCGACCGCUCUCACCGACAUCGCUCCAGUCGACGCUCCCGGUCGCCGGAAUCGAGUGAGAGGCGCAAAGGAAGGAGAUCUGCACAGGUGAAAAACAGUCUGUCACCGGUACCGAACAGUCGGACUGAGGCGCCGGGCGAUGAUUCGGAUCCAUUGGAGGAUCUUGUCGGCCCUCUACCAAAGGAGGAAGCACCCAUUCGUUCUCGCGGACGUGGCGCAUACAAACCCAACGUCAGCAACAUCGACGCUCAUUUCGCUCCCAACUACGAUCCGACGCUUGAUGUGCAACCGGAGGACGACGAUUUACAACCCGGCAAUAAACCAACCCGUCGACCAGUGGCGGGUCUCAUGACUGGGGAUGAUGAUUGGGAACUUGCACUAGAAGCAUUACGUGACCGAGCUCGGUGGAAGCAGAAUGGCGAAGAAAGGCUACGGGAAGCCGGCUUCAACACAGACAUCAUCGACCAUUGGAAAAGCAACGCCUCCACAGCAGCAGGUACUGAUGAAGGGAGGAUAAACAGCGUCAAAUGGUCCACGAAGAGCGAAGGGCGCGAAUGGGAUCGCGGGAAAUACAUAGACGAGGACGGGCAUGUCGAUGUCAAAGCCUCAUGGUGA